CCAGUAGGGCCAUGAUGUGAUUCUGCUUUCAUAUCCUUCUCCACUUCACUAAAUCUAUCUGCAUUUGAUUUGCUUUUUCCUGUUUCCAACCCCAUUUUUCUUGCCUUCUUUUGUCUGAACCAUCAACGAGUUUUUCAUACUAUAAUUUGCAGUUUUAUGGCUUCUUGGUAGCAGUGGUGGCCGGUGGUCGAGCGCGAUGUCAUCAGGUGAUAGAGGAAAAGAUGUUAUGGAAGGGGCAGAAUCAUCGUCAAGAUCGAUUAGCAGUGGUGGUGGCGGCGGUGAGCAUGGCCGUCAACCACCGGCUCCGUUAAGUAGGUACGAGUCACAAAAGCGGCGAGAUUGGAACACUUUUAGUCAAUACUUGAAGAACAAGAGGCCACCUGUUUCACUAUCACAGUGUAGCGGAAACCAUGUACUUGAAUUUCUACAGUACUUGGAUCAGUUUGGGAAAACAAGAGUUCAUACACAAGGCUGUGUAUAUUUUGGGCAACCGGAACCUCCUGCACCUUGUCCAUGUCCUCUGAAACAAGCUUGGGGUAGUCUUGAUGCGUUAAUUGGGCGACUUCGAGCUGCUUAUGAAGAGAACGGUGGAACAGCUGAAACAAACCCUUUCGGACGAGGCUCUAUUCGUGUUUACUUGCGGGAGGUCAGAGAAUCACAGGCCAGAGCUCGCGGAAUCAGUUACAAGAAGAAUAAGAAGAGGAGGAAGAAGAAGAAAAAUGAACUUGCCAUCACUACCACCAGUGCUAGUACUAGUUCCGCCAGAGACGAGACAAUUAGUAGUGCCCCUCCUGUGAUACAGCCCUCGUCGAGAUCAUGAUUCAACUUAGUACUUCUUGUGGGUAAAUUUCGUUAUGCAAUUCUUCAUAUGGUUUUAUAUAUUAAAAAGAACGGAAAAUGUCAAAGUGAUCAACCUCUACUUAUCAACAGUCAUGAUUUCCUCCCGAUGAGCUAAGCAAUGUAAUCCCUAAAAGAUCUUUCAAAAAAACAGCAUAAAUGAUGAGUGAUUGUUUAAUAAGAAUGAUCAGUUCUUAUGCGUCCUAGUAUGAACUCAAGUGCUCACUUCUUGGUUCCUCUGGUUAUGGCGAGAAUCGUAGGUUGCUCCAAAGUUUUUACUUGACAGGUAAUUUUGUAAGUAACAAAUUAAAAUGAGCAACAUUCCUUUAGUAGGAUAA